UAUUCAGCGAUUUCUUUGGAAGUGUAACCAAAUCCCGCACGUCACUCACAAUGUAAACUUUAAGAAACAAUAUAAAUAAACUAGAAAAUACCUCUGACAAGUUCAUAUCAUAUUUUUCUGAUUCCAGAAAUUGAAAGCUUGAAACUCUACAAAAAUAUGUCAACAAAAGGUUCAUGGAUGACACUGAAAUUCAGAGGUGUUGUUGAUGUGGUUCGUGCUAGCAGAUUCCGGGUAAACUAUGGUGGAUUCAAGAGGAACACUCCAAUUGUGACAGCGUCUAAGGUUGGAAAUAGUUCCUGGAUGAUGCAACCUAGUAUACAAUUCUUUAGCACCAAAAGAAACACAAUAACUAACGCAAAUAGAUUAAAGAAUGAUGAGGUUCCACCUGAAGCACCAGACUCUAAAAUUUUCGCAUUUUCUUCAUGGGUUAAAUGGGUUUUGUGCUCGUUAUUUUCUUUCAUGAUACCGUUCUGGAGACAAAAAUGGGGAAAACUACAAAGAAUAGAAGAAGAGGCAGAGUUAGUAAUUGAAGAGGUCGAAAAAGUAGCAGAAGUAAUAGAAAAGGUGGCAGAAGAAGCCGAAAAGCUAAGCGAAGACAUAGCAAAAAAGCUCCCUGAGGAUGCUAAGUUAAAGAAAGCAGCAUUGGUUGUGGAAAAUUUAUCAAAACAGGUAGCUCAUGAUGCUGAGAUAACGGAAGAGUUCAUACACAAGAUUGAAGAAGUGGCAAAUGACAUAGAGGACUUAGAAUCAUACGUGGAACCAGUAAUUGACAAGAUUAUGAAGAAAAAAGAAGCUUAAAACUUAGAAUCCUGUUUGUGUAUAUUUAUCUUUUGUACAAAAUUAUACUUAAAGCAAUUGAUUUGUAACGAAAUUGACAACAAUAUGAAAGCUCAUUAACAA